UGUUUAUUGACAUGACGAAUGACAGACGGCGGGGUCUUGUUCGAUGGCAGCUUGAUUAAAACAAUUUAGACGAAUUAGACUUGUUAACGAGAUUAUUUCCGCUUUUAUCAAAUAGCGAAGAGAAAAUGUGGUUUAUAAAUAUUAUUAAAGCUAUUUAAGCACGUUAAUUUCGUGCCCAUCGUGUUUUUUUAAGAUGUAUAUUCAUUACAUGGUAGGAGCCAUUUUUACUAUAUUUAUUUUGUGUGUUCAUUGUGAUAAUGCAGCUAACGACAACGAAAUCAAAGAGAUUCUCGUUCCGUCCGCACCACGAAACCUGAUAGCCUACAACGUGACGUCAGAGGAAGUCAACCUCGCGUGGAUCCCUCCUUCAACUUUCACUCGGAGUAAACUCCCAAUCAUCAGCAAGGAUGUAGAAGAGACCACGAAGACUGAGCCUCAAGGAGACGAGCCAAAUGACGUCGUACCCACGACUGAUACUCUCAUACCAGAGAAACCCAAAGACUUGGGUUUCUCAUACAAUUUGUAUAAGAACGAAGACAUUAAGAACUAUGAGUACUCGUCCAGUAUACUACUGGAUCCGCCUAGAAGUAGGAGGGAUGUGUGGUCCCGUAGGCACAGGAAGCGGCGUCAGGACAACGGGACUAAUGGCGUUCAUUUGGAAUAUUACGAACAUCUAGAGAUCUUCAACGAGUCAACAUUUCCUAUUGAAGUGGUCAAAAAAUGGACGACACAGACCCACAAAGAGACCACACAGAUGGCCUACGUGCUGUAUUACGAACAAGGAGUUCCAAGAUACGACGCGAAUGUGAGCGGUGUGCAAACGCCAGAGGAUGUGCUCAAGAAGAACAUAUUCCCAAGCAACUUGGGGAUCAGGGACAACUUGAAACCGACUAUGAAUCUCACGCUGUGGAAUAAAGCGGGGAAGGUGACCAAGGUCGUCGGAUUUCGGCUGAAGAAUUUGAAACCAUUCACCCCGUACAAGAUUUGGGUGCGGGCUUUCUACUACUUCCCUCUGGAGAACGUGACGUCAUCAGACCUCCUGGCUCACCUGGGGCCCGAGUCGGAGCCGCUUUACGUGCUCACUGACGUUAGACCGCCGUCAGCGCCUAUCAUAUUGAACCUCACCUGCGAUCAGCCUAAACGUACACUGUACCUCCAAUGGCGGCAACCACUGGAGUACAACAACUCGAUAGACCAGUAUGUGGUGACCCUCAGGAAGAUUCCGGAACAGCAGCCCAGAACUCGACUAACACUGCCCACAAACAAGAACGACAUAGAGACUACCAUUAGUGUGGAGGUGGAGCUGUGGAACGUGACACGCUACGAGGUGAAGAUAUACGCCGUCACGCAGUCCGUGACACGCCGAUAACGGAUUGAUAAACGGCUCCGAAUCGCCGCCUGAG